AUGUCAGACUACCUUAGUAAGCUACCAGAAGACCCGGGAAAUAUUGUCUUGAAUUAUACCACAAUUGAUGGGCUUAAUUCGGUGACUUUUGCAGAUUUAGAUGAAUAUUUGAAAACCAUUGUUGUUUUGGCAAUAGUGUUUGGCACACGAAUAGGGCUUUCGGCCAUAGCUCUUCCCGUUAAUUUCUUAGUCACUAAAAACAAAAGGUCUCCUAUUUUCAUCUUGAACACAGCAUGCUUGUGUAUUCUAUUCUUGCAAUCGUGUCUAUUUUCAGUUACUUUGACAAAAUAUUACAAUACCAUUGCCUUCUCGUUUUCAAUGUAUGAGAAUGUUGAUACUUUGGCAAGCAAUAUUUCAAUUGCGGCCAACGUCUUAUAUGUCAUUUUAAUUGCAUUAGUGGAAAUCUCCUUUUGCUAUCAAGUUUAUAUCAUUUUUGAGUCUCCACAAACACAUUUGAAAAGAUUGGGCUAUGUUGCUACCGCUCUUUCGGCUUCCCUUGGCCUUGCGUCGGUUGUCAUGUAUUUCAUGUACAUGGUGUACUCAAAUAUUACGUUUUUGAAUCCGAGCUCGAGCAGACCCGGCUACUUGGUUAAUACGCCUUUGAUUUUGUUUGUCACCUCGUCGUGUGCAAUUUGCUUUAUGCUGCUAUUGAAACUUGGUGUCGCAAUUCGGACCCGUCGUUAUCUAGGAUUGACACAGUUCAAUCUAUUUCAUAUUUUAUUUGUGAUGACAUUCCAGACAAUGAUUAUCCCAACCGUAUUGAUUCUCAUAUCCUUUAAUGCCUUUUCUGAAACAGAUCAAUACUCUUCACAAUCUUUUUCUGCUCUUGGUACAGCACUCAUUACAAUUUCAUUGCCACUGACUACUAUGUGGGCAAACUCUUCGGUGUCUAACAGUACUCCAAGCUCGACCGUCGAUAUGUAUUCCCCAUAUCCAUCAAGUGAUGAUAAUAAAACACUUGCCGAAUCACCACUGGACUAUUACCCAAAAUCAUCACUGAGUGAUUCAGAAAGCUUUCCUGGUAUGACAGCUGAUCCAGAGAAGCAGAUAAUUGGUGACUAUCAAAUGAAGGGCAUGGAAUCUUCCGCUAAAACUGACGAGGAAUUUUGGAAAGAGGUGGAGCUCUAUACCAAAGAUUUGGAUAAGCAUUCACAGAACGGUAGUAUUCAUGAUUCCGGAAUUAAACACAAAUCUGACAACGUUUUUUUGUCACACAAAAAAUCUAGUUUUACGUCUAGUCAUUCCUCCAACUCGUUCGGUUCGAGACACGUUUAG